CAUACUAAGCUUCGCAAUACUCUUUGCGGCACAUGCGGCGCUGCUGUAUGACGCGGGGUAGGUGAGCACUAGAUCCUCUCAUAGCGGCUUGAUUAUGCAGCAAUUCUCAACCAGUCAUUUACGGUCGUUCCACAACAUUCCAUGACAAUAAAGCAGCGACAGAAAGUUCAUCGAUCUCUGUCCACAAUUGAGCACAAAUGAUGUCUCCGAGCUUACUCUUGUGCAUGCAGUGGACUUGAUCUACCAACCCCCAAGUUCAAGUCAAUACCGAUAUGGUCAUGGAAACCCGCGGGGCUACAGAGUGAAUUCUUUGAUUUUCGUUGCUCCCCAACACCAGCAAAAUUUUCAUGACCAUUGAAAGUGCUUCAGCAUAAAGACAUCGCACAAGAUGCCAGGAUAUCGGGAUUACGAAAGACUUGAACGGAGGUCACUAGAAGAUAGUGGUUCUUUGAAUACUCUCGAAACAAUUGACGAGGAUGAAAAGCACCUGGAAAAUACCCAGAUUCCUGAGAAAAACAUCAUUCGGAGACAGUUCAAUCGGCAUCAGCUUUUGGCCAGUAUCCUCGUCUUCUCUGCUCUUAUCAUCUCUGUCGCUCUCCUUCUGAUUGUUCCUCGAUAUCUUGCCAAAAGCAAACCAAAAGAAACCAGAAUCAUGAACCUCCAAUAUAUCGGCGACGAGACACAACAUGACUUCCUCAAUCCACCUCAGCCGGAUGCCGUUCUCACAAGCGUCAACACGAGCUGUGGAAACACACCUCGUAUUGCUCGCUCACUUGGCUGUGUGUUUGAUGUUAUGUCUUUCGCGUGGGUGCCAGCUGAAUGCGUGGAUACGGAGAUGCAUCAACGUUACAUUGAUGAGCGGAAUUGGGAAUUGUAUGAGGACUACUACCUGACGAAACGUCUCUCGAUGGAUGUGGUGCUAGCAGGCGAAUAUCGCUGGCUGUUCUCUUCGCAGACGUAUCAUAUUGCACACUGUGUAUAUACGUGGGAGAAACAAGGGAAAUUCCUGUUUGCAAAGAGUAGAGAAGAUGAGAAGUGGAUUGAUGAUGGGAGCUUUUCAUCUCACCACACGACGCAUUGUGUUGACUAUAUCUUGAAGAGGCACGUUGAACCGAAUAAGGUCUCUACCAUUUGGAAUGAGGCGAAGGAUUGUUAUGCUGUGGAUACGAUCGGAACACUGUAAUGGGAAUCGGGGCCGGGGCAGUUGACAAGAAUUGACAAGCUGGUUAGAGAUUUAUUAGUCUUCAUAAUUGCAAGAAUCUCGGAAUGAGGGAUCCUAAAUACUCAAAACAUCUUCCUAAGUCUAGCUUCUCAGAUCACUACUUCUGAAAGAUAAUCUAUGGCACAAGAUCUUCUUUUCUGCUUUCAGUUUAGGUGUGUCUCAAUAUCCUCCUCCAAGUCCUGCCUCGAAACUUCUUCCCAUCCUGCCGUUCAUGUCCGGUCACUGUCUGCUCGCACUCCUUCACACGCUCCUUUUCUCCUUCCUCGCUGUUGGUAUCCUCAAGGUUCCAGUACCCGUAAUCAUUCAAUAUGUCAAGAUUAUCCGCACAGAAUAUUAGAUCUUGUCUGAGGGUGAAGAAUGGUUUAUCUGGAAAUGCUUUCCUCCUGACUUCACUCAGUCUCUCAGCAUCUUUCAUUCGCGCCCGGCAGACUCGUAAUGUCUCCUCGUAGCGUUUCUCGAUUGGUAUUAAUUCUUUUGCGAUGAUAAGACAAAGAAAGAAGAAUC